AUAUGAGAGUCAGGGCCUUAGUGGGUUGACUCUCUGUAUGAAGAAGGUGUUGGUGACCGGCGCUUCCGGUUACUUGGGCGGGAGGCUCUGCCACGCCCUCCUCCGGGAAGGUUAUUCCGUCCGGGCAUUCGUCCGCUCGACCAGCGACCUCUCGUCCCUCCCUCCUCCGCCCAUCCACGGCGGUUCUCUGGACCUCGCUUACGGUGACGUCACCGACUACCGCUCCCUCCUUGCGGCCUGCUCCGACUGCCAGAUCAUAUUCCACGCCGCCGCCCUCGUCGAGCCUUGGCUUCCAGAUCCUUCUAGAUUCUUCACGGUUAAUGUUGGAGGGCUGAAAAAUGUAUUGCAAGCUUAUAAGGAGGCGGAGACGAUAGAUAAGAUUAUAUACACGUCCUCCUUUUUUGCUUUAGGAUCAACCGAAGGAUAUGUUGCAGACGAGGCUCAGAUUCAUCACGGAAAGUUCUUCUGUACGGAGUAUGAGAAAUCUAAAGCUGUUGCCGACAGGAUGGCGCUUCAAGCCGCCUCGGAGGGAGUCCUAAUUGUGGCAGUUUAUCCCGGAGUUGUGUACGGUCCUGGCAAGGUUACAUCCGGAAACGCCGUUGCACGAUUGGUUAUUGAAUGCUUUAGUGGGCGGUUACCUGGAUAUAUAGGGAAUGGUAAUGACAAGUUCUCUUUCAGUCAUGUUGAUGAUGUGGUAGAGGGCCAUAUUGCAGCUUUGAACAAAGGGAAACCAGGUGAAAGAUAUCUUCUUACAGGAGAAAAUGCAUCAUUCAUGGAUGUUUUUGAUAUAGCUGCAGCCAUUACCAAGACAAAGAAACCAUGGAUCCACAUCCCCUUAUCUAUCAUUGAGAUAUAUGGAUGGAUAUCAGUUCUAUUCUCUAGGAUAACUGGAAAGCUUCCACUCAUCAGCCCUCCGUCUGUGUGUGUUCUUAGACAUCAAUGGGCUUACUCUUGCGAAAAGGCCAAGAGAGAGUUGGACUAUAACCCUAGAUGUUUGAAAGAAGGUCUGGAAGAGAUACUCCCCUGGUUGAAGAGCUCGGGCUUGAUAAAAUACUAGGAGGGAUGCUUUUGAUGCUGUGUACUCUGAGAGUGGCAGCUAUGAUUGAUUGCCUCUAUUUCCCGUAUGAUAUCAAUGAAAAACUUCUUGUAUUUGCUCUUAUGAUAUGAGUGAAAAAUUUGUUGUAUUCUCUUCAAUCUCUAUGAUAUGAUUGUAUUUCGAAUCUGUAUUUUCUCAUUAAGUUGAUUACAUUGGAAAUGAGCACAAGGUGGAAUUGAUAUGUUCUUCCUUUUUGGUUGGGAA